GCUAGAUUCUCCUGCCAGUACCCUUUGGGCGGCCUGAAUCCUAUAUGAAGCAGCAGCUCAAAGUGGCUCGUAUCAUUUAAAACUUCUCUAGAAUCCGAAAUGUCGUCACAAGAGCUAUCAGUAGAAAUAUCCACAAAACCCGCGGAAGCUGUCAGUGCUAUCCCGUGUGCGAUCUGUCGGAGACAGUUCUCGAAGUACACAUGCCCCGGAUGCAAUGUACCAUACUGCUCUCUGACAUGUUUUCGAUCUGAGGCUCAUGCGGAGUGUUCAGAAUCAUUCUACCGCAAGGAAAUCGAGUCUGAUGUCCGCAGCGCCCCGUCAAAGACUGCCGAGGAGAGGCAAAAGAUGAUGGAGCUGCUGAAGCAUUUCGAGGAGGAUUCUAUGGACGACAGUGUCCUGGGAGCGCUUCAGGGAGAGGAGGAUGAAGAUGGUGGUACUGAUUUGGCGGAGAGGGUUGGCGGACUUGAUCUUGACUCGGCAUCCUAUGAUGAACUAUGGGCUGCGCUCACUCCUGAGGAACGCGGGAAGUUCUCAAAGGCCUUGAGUGACCCGAAUAGUGAACUUGCCAAGCAGUUGUUGACAAGCGAAGAACUGAAGCAAGAACUCAUUGAGCCGUGGUGGGAGUCACCUUCGGACGCUGAAUUAAACGAAUCCAAGCCAACCGCUGCUUCCCGUAAUCUUCAAAAGAGAAAAUAUGGAAAGCUACCCGACAUCAUUGAGGUUCCACCUUCCAUCAUCAGCACCUCGCAAUCGCCGGGCAAAGUCCCUUUGCUGCUCUACAAUCUCUGCGCAAUCUGCAUAACCUAUGCGUAUCUUAACCGCUACUUCUCCACGUCGCCACUGUCAAUGAUGGCUCCAAAUAGCCCGGAGCGUGCGGAAGCACGGCGCCUUGUGGCUCAGCUGAUUCCCUUCCUGAUAGAUCGCAAGUCUCAGCUGGUGCACCCAACGCUCUCUAGUGUCGUCACAGACCUAUGGUCACGGUUCACACCGGGGGAGAUGACUCCUGCCUUUUUCGCCCUCCUACUACGUGAUUCUUCGACGCUUUUACGGCCUUCUACAGUGGUAGAGCUAGGUGAUGCAAUUCAAGGAUCCAGUUCUAAUGCGCUGGGCGGAAGUGUGUCUCGUGAUUUGGAAGGUCACCCCAAUGCAAAUACACUGCGCGCCUUAUCCGAUUUAUCCACGCUUUUCAGCGGACCUACGCACUCAUCGUCGUCCGCAUCUUCUGCGUCGUCCUCAGCACCUUUAAGAGUGGCUACGAAACCCAUUGCCGCGACGAACAAGCACAUUCAUGUUGCGCACAAGCUGACUUUCUACGCUGCACAUGUCCUCAGCGUGCCUCCACUUCUGCUGCGUGCGCUUGCGGAUGAAACUGCCCGCCGUGCAGAUGUCGUGGCUCGGGAAGGCUUGGAUGUGCAGAGCGGAAGUACCAGUACCCAACGUUCAGCAGGAGUGCUACCUGGAGACGGCGCUCAAGCUGUUGGGCAGGGCGGUGCGGGCCGAGUCCGGAUUGAAGAAUUGACGUGAUGUUCUAGUUUCUAAACUUUCCUGUUUCUACCUCCCGAUUCGCCCACAUGCUCAAUAUCCGUCUGAUAACUGUGUAUAACAUUCAUGUCUGGAGAACUUUCAAGUACUU